CCUAACGUGUUGGAACUAGUUUCCACGCCCGUCCCUGCCCACAAACCUCCAGAGAGAGGGAAGGGCGGGAAAUACCUGGGAGGAAGAGGAACAGUGUUCCAACUUGAAGCUCAGCACUUUUCUGAACAGACCCAGUUGGUUUUAGCAUUUGAGCGCUGGGAACAGUUUGUGGGAUUAUCACGCGCCGGGACUCAGCGAAGUACAUUCCGUAGUGCGUGCAUGGAGGUUUAAGAAGUCUUUGAUCCAAAAUUACUCUGAAAAUGGAAACCUCAUCUUUGCUGUCAUCUUUACAUGAUGAAUGCAGAUCCGACAACUACCUUGAGCCGCACUACAAAGAGUGUUACAGACUUGCCAUUGACGUGUUAAUUGAAAGUGGUUCAGAGGCUUACAAAGAAUUUCUUGCUAAGGAAAGAUGUUCUGAGUUCCUGGCAGAAGAUGAGAUUAAUUAUAUAUUGAACACUGUUCAGAAAAUUCCCCCAAACACGGUUUAUGCUACUGACAACAGUGUAGAUGAUGCCUCUUCCUCAGGGACAUACUGGCCUAUGGAAUCAGAUGUGGAAGCUCCUAAUCUUGACUUGGGUUGGCCUUAUGUAAUGCCUGGAAUUUCUGGUGGUACAAAUAUUGAGCUACUUUUCCAUCCCCCACGAAUACAACCCUUUACAAUAAAAGAAACUAUUAGGAAGAUGAUCAAAGAAGCAAGGAAGGUUAUUGCCAUAGUUAUGGAUAUAUUUACAGAUGUAGAUAUUUUCAAAGAAAUUGUAGAAGCAUCCACCAGAGGAAUUUCAGUCUAUCUUCUACUAGACGAAUCAAACUUCAGCCAUUUUCUUAAGAUGACAGAGAAACAAGGUUGUCAAGUCCAAAGGCUCAGGAACAUGAGAGUACGUACUGUAAAAGGACAAGAUUAUUUCUCCAAAUCGGGAGCAAAAUUUCAUGGAAAAAUGGAACAAAAGUUUCUUCUUGUUGAUUGUAAGAAAGUUAUGUAUGGUACCUAUAGCUUUAUGUGGUCAUUUGAAAAAGCCAAUCUCAGUAUGGUCCAGAUAAUCACAGGACAACUUGUUGAAUCGUUUGAUGAAGAAUUUAGGACAUUGUAUGCCCGUUCUUCUGUUCCCAGUUCAUUUGCUCCAGAAUUAGUUAGAAUCAAUAGCUGCCGAGCACUCUGGGAAAAUGGAGCUUACCAGCAUUCACGUUCUUCUUUAGCUUCAAUUUCUAGUCAGCGUAACCUUUCUGGGCGGCAAGACAAAAUUCACAAUUUAGAUCCCAUCUUUCUGAAAACACGAGGUACUGCUAGGUAUGGAAUAAAUGAAAAUGACAAGUUCAGUACAAGAAAUCAACUAUUUCAUAAAACACAGUUUGCUCCAGGUUUUCACAUGCAGAAUAGAAUACAGCAAUAUCAGCCCAAUGAAGUAAAUGAACAUUGGAAAAGACACAGUUAUGCAGGGGAGAAACCAGAAAGGACUCCUUAUUUGAUGUUGAAUAGAGCAACUAAUCGAGCGAAUAAUCCACCACAUGUUUGGAAAGUACCAUCUGAUAGUCUCAGUAUUGUAUCUUCAUUGCACGGAAGCUGUACAAAUCUCAAAGUGCCCCAGCAGAGCUUAGCUGAUCGAUUUCCACAGCCAAAGCUCAAUACUGUAGACAGGAACUCGAUUGUACGGCGGUCUUUCAAUGGAACUGACAGCCAUAUUCGUUUUCUCCAGCAGAGAAUGCCAACACUUGAACGCACCACAAAAUCUUUUCUACGUAACUGGCGCAUUGAAUCAUAUUUAAAUGAUCAGUCAGAUUUUCCAGCAGAUUCAAAUGGUUCAGGGAUAGGUGAUAGGGGUGAGAGUUAUGAUGCGGCAGAUAAUAUCAAAGCCCACGCCCUUUAUGCGCAUUCUCGGCUUCGCUCCUCAUUUGUUUUCAAGCCAACAUUGCCAGAACAGAAAGAAGUAAACAGCUGUGCAAGUUCUUCCAAUUCAACUAUCAUGGGUUCUGAGGGCAGUGAAACACCUAAAGCAACACCCAAUCAUAUUCCUAAACAGGAAGAUGAAAUUGGUAAUACUAAGGUAGAACUGAACACUAAUGUCCCACUGGAGCCUGAUAUAGUGAAAAAUUAUAACUUGCAGAUUUCAGAAAAUGUAAAACCAAGUGUCACACCGCCUACUGCUAAGGAGAAACCUUAUCUAUAUUCGUCUCUAAACAGAGGCAGACCAGGAGAAUUCCAAAAGAAUCAUCAAAAUGAAAAUAUAUUGAAAAGGCGAAGUUUUCCUAUGUUUGAUCAUUCAAAAUCUAUUAUGAAUCAUGGAGAGAGCAAAGAGGCAUCCAGUUAUGUCUAUAGUACAUUAAAUAGGAAUAGAUUGAGGCAUCCAACAGCUAGGAAGCCACCUCCGGAGGACAGCUUUAAAAACUCUAAAAGUUUGCACAGUGUGGCAAAUCACGUGUCAGAUGAGAAUAAAAACCACGAAGUCGAACCAGAAGGCUCACCCACUACCAAGGCUGUUUCUGCAGAUGCACUAGUUGAAUCUAGCAAAGAAGAGCCUAAUAAAGAUGCCUCAUUAAAGAAAGAGAAUAAGAAUUCCCCAAGUUUCCUGAAAAAGGGAUCACAGAAACUAAGGUCAUUGUUGAACCUUACACCAGAAAAGAAGGAAAAUUUGUCCAAAAACAAAACUCCUGCUUUCUAUAGAAUGUGUAGCAGUUCUGACACCUUGACAUCAGAAUGUGAUGAAAAUCAAAAGCCCAAAAUCUCUGAAACCAAGCUAGAUUGUUCUCCAAGAAGGAAAAGAACCUCCUCAUCGAAUUCACAGGGGAGCCUACAUAAGAGUAAAGAAGAUGUUGCCAUAAGGCCUAAAUCCCCCAAAUCCCCUAAGCCUCCCAAAUCUCCCAAGCCCCCAAAGUCUCCAAAAGCUCCAUCUGAUGAACAUGCUAAAAGAGGUCCUACUGUGAAGCCCUUGGAAAGUAUCCUGUUAGAAGUACCUCCAGGCGACCCAUCUGCUCCCAGAUUUAACACAGAACAAAUUCAGUACCAAGAUGUCAGGGAGCUGCCCACAAAUGCGAGCCGUGACCGAGUAGCCCUGCCCGCUCCUGCAGCAACUCCUCCCCAAAGGAUCACUGCCCCGAGCUCCCGCCUGUCCGGCAUGAAGCCUCACGAGGACCUAAUAAGGCCUCGCUUGUAUGAAAGGCGGGUUUACAGUCGCUUUGAACCGUUCUGCAAAAUGGAAAAAUCGGCUCAGCCAAUGAGCCACACAGCCAAAGCUGGUGCUCAGUUGCCAGAGAUAAACAACACGGCCACCCAUAAUAAUUAUGGAAGGAGCAAUCAAGUGGCCAGUUACAAUCCUGGUUUAUAUCAUCCAUUGCAUCCAAAUGAAAACAAGUUUCGAGGAAUUAUGCAGAAGUUUGGGAAUCUUUUGCAUAAAAACAAGUGAAACCUCAACAUGGGAUCUUUUAAAAACCGUUCAGUGUUGUAAAUACGUAACAGAUUAGACUGUUGGGCAGCUUUCAUAAAGCUUAACUAUAUUUACUGCAGAACACUGCCAUAUGUGUAUAUAAUAAUCAUUCCAAAACAUUGGCUUGAUGGAAGUUUUGGAAUUGGGUUUUUAUGUAUUUGUAUAUUGAAUUUGAGAUGUGCUCAGAUUCACCUUGAUGUGGCAUAUUUUAAAAAUCAUACAGUAA